CCUCCCUCCUCACCUGGUGAAUUCUCAUUCCGCUCGCUGUGAUUCUAGAUCUUUGCUACUAGAUUCCUUGCUUGUAUUCUGUAUAUUGUUUUGUUCAUCUCGUGCCCGUCGUUGACGUCUCCACCACCCUGUAUUCACUUGCUAUCGCCAUGAUUUGAAAUCGUCGGUCAGCAACGUGGAUGUCCUCUAGCCAUCGACGCCUUUAUACCAGCACCAAUUGACAUGGCAACGCUGGCAACCUCACCUCCAUCAUCGCCCUCGUGGCCUAAACGACGACCCCGAGCAUGGGCCCUUCGCAUUGAACGCUAUUGCUGCACCGCAGCGUCUUUCUUCCCCCUGGCCUUUGUCUACAGUUUGACGACAUGGGCUGUCUGGGUCGAGGCCAGUGUGGGCUUCAAGCCUUGCGACAGUGCUUGGAUUGGCCUGCCCAGUUCAUUCCUCGGAAUCUUCCUUUACAUCUGCCUUAAUGUAUCCUACAGUGUCGCCGUUUUCACCGAUCCCGGAUCUCCCCUCAACCCCAGCGGCCGUGGUCAACAUGAAUACAGCGCGCUUCCUGUGACCGAGUUACCGCAAUAUACCGCCUACACGGUGAGUUCGACGGGCGGGUCCCGGUUCUGCAAGAAAUGCCAGUGCCCGAAACCGGACCGGGCGCACCACUGCUCGACGUGCAAGCGUUGCGUGCUGAAGAUGGACCACCACUGCCCGUGGCUGGCGACCUGCGUCGGACUGUACAACUACAAGGCGUUCCUGCUGUUUCUGAUAUAUACGUCGAUCUUUUGCUGGGUGGAUUUCAUCGUGGCGGCGCUGUGGAUAUGGACGGAGAUGCUGGACGACAGUAAAUACAUCGAUGUUGAUAAGAUGCUGCCGAUUAAUGUGGUGCUGUUGGCGGUUCUGGGUGGCAUCAUCGGGCUGGUGCUGUCCGGAUUUACUGUCUGGCAUAUCAGCCUGGCGCUGCGGGGCAUCACGACGAUCGAGUGCCUGGAGAAGACGCGAUAUGUAUCGCCGUUGCGGAAAGCGCUGGAUCGCCACCGCUACGACCAGCUGCUAGGGAGCGAGGGAGGCGACCGGGAGGGGUUGAGCCACCGUCUACAGGACUACGGGGGACAGAUCCUCGAUGCCCAUGCGAACGCGAUCCCGGGUGUGACGCGGGCUGAAGAAGGGGAGGAAGAGGUUCCGUCCGGUGGAUCCGAGACUCGGAUGACGCCGGCUCAACAGGCGCUGUCGCGGUCGUAUGCGGAGAUGGAGCGGCAGCGCGAGCACGAGCGGUACCAAAACUACCUAGACGAGGAGGACAGCGAAAAGAUGCCGCACGCGUUCGACCUGGGAUGGCGACGCAACUUGCGGCAUUUGUUCGGUGAUCGUCCGCUGUUGUGGCCGGUGCCGGUGUGUACGACCUCUGGCGAUGGCUGGCACUGGGAACCGAGUGUGAAGUUCAUGGAGGCCCGCGAUCGGGUGCGCCAGCGACGCGAGGAAGAUGCGGCGCAACAACAGCAAUACCACCGGGAUCUGUACCAGCGCAACAUGAACAACAGCCAGGCAUGGAUGGGAACGGACCGGGCAGCGACCUGGACGCCGAGCCAGCCGCUGGACGUGGUACGCGACCCGGAGCGCCCGGACACGGGGGUGUCGAUGAAGACGCUGCCUCCGAUGUCACCGCGACCGCGGCCGGGCGAGGAAGUGAGCGACGAGGAGGAUACCCGAGGACAGGGGGAGGAUGAAUGGCGAAACUGGGAUUAAUAGAGCCAGACAGGGUACGGAGUAUAUAUGUACAUGUAUAGUUAGCACGGAGUAAGGUGUUGAUAAUUGAUGACGAUAAUGAUGCG